CCGUAGGGCAGGCCUCUGGGGGUGGGCGGGGCCGCGCGUGCACAGCCCGGCUUCCGGCAGCGAGGCGGGGCUCGUGGGGCUGUCCUUUCGCCCGCUGCGUAGUGCGACGAAGCAGCUGUUUGUCUUUUGGUUUACCCCCUUAGUGGUCCCGGACUUGCCUUUGGGCAGCCGGUGGUGCAGAAAGAGAGGCGGACGGCGAAGACCGCCUUUCCAGUGAAGGCAGAAGAAAACGACACCGGGCGGGGCUCCUGGGGCGGGGCUGUGGUCGGGGGAAGCGAGGGUUCGUCCUCGCCCAGAGACACGGGGCGUGGCCCGGCCCGGAAGGUCCCUGGGGUCUUGCUUCCCUCUACAGGAUGACGGAGGAACUGCGCUGAGACUGGGGCCCACCGCCGACGGGCGGGACUUGGUGCGGACUCCAGGGGACCCCACCCGGCUGUUGGCCCUUGGCGCUUUCCCCGUUCAUUCAAGGGAACAACAGCACAUGGGAAACGGUGACUGAAGUCCCAUCCUCCAAACACAAGACCUAAAGUACCCUGGGACACUUUGCUAAAUUAACUCUCCUGCAGAUGGAGGAACUUGAACAAGGCCUAUUGAUGCAGCCAUGGGCAUGGAUACAGCUUGCAGAGAAAUCCCUCUUGGCCAAGGCUUAUAUCAUCAAGGAGGGCUAUGCCUUGCUUGUUUCAGAUCUUCAACAGGUUUGGCACGAACAGGUGGAUGCUAGCGUGGUCAGCCAGCGAGCCAAGGAGCUGAACAAGCGCCUCACUGCUCCCCCUGCAGCCUUUCUCCGUCAUUUGGAUGAUCUGCUUCGCCCAUUGUUGAAAGACACUGCUUGCCCUGGCGAAGCUACCUUCUCCUGUGACUGGGUGGCAGAGGCACUGAUAAUACGGGUGCGGAGUACACUCUCUGGUCUCCCCUUCUAUUGGAAUUUCCAUUGCAGCCUAGCUAACCCGUCCUUGGUCUCCCAGCAUUUGGUUCGUCCUUUGAUGGGCAUGAGUCUGGCGUUGCAGUGCCAAGUGAAGGAGCUCGCAAUGUUGCUUCGAAUGAAAGAUCUAGAGAUCCAGGACUACCAGGAGAGUGGGGCCACCCUGAGCAGAGAUCGGUUGAAGACGAAGCCAUUUGAAGAGAAUUCCUUCUUGGAAAAAUUUAUGGUAGAGAAACUACCGGAGGCAUGCAGCAUUGGCAAUGGAAAACCCUUUGUGAUGAAUCUACAGAGUCUCUACAUGGCAGUCACUAAACAAGAGAUCCAAGUGGAUCAAGACACUGGAGAUCCUCAGGCCUCAAGCAGUGCCUCCCUGCAAGGAAGUGAUAACCAACUUCUGAACCAGCCAAAAGAGCCAGUCUCCUCAGCACCACUGCUCCCUGAGCCUGAGAAAGAGUCCACAAAUACUUCAGGCCCUAUGCAGAGACCUCAGCCAUCAAAGGUCAAGAGGAAGAAGCUAAGGGGACUCUUCAGUUAACCUGUCAACUGUCUCAGCUGAGGAUGGACUUGGAGAAUAGUUUCCUAGUGUCACCGAGAGGAACUCCCAUGGCAGCAGUAGCUCUGACACAGAGUUGUACAGUCAGAGCCCCAUUGUAAGGGCAACACAACUGAAGUUCAUGUUGACAGGCAUGGGUACUGUUAUCCAAAGGAAUCUUGGCUCCUGCCUGUAGGGCAUUCACCUUCCAUAUCUGAGUGGAAGCCGGUUUCUGGGAAUCCCAUACUCUCUUCUUUUACAGGGGUGGUUCUUUAGACCUAGGAUCCUACCAGGAACUUCAGGUAAUAGGGCAAGUCAGCAAAAAGGCACAAUAUGCUUAGGAAGCCUUGUCUCCCUUUCUCAAGUGUCCCUAGCCAGUCCUAGGUGUUCCCUGAGAGACCCACUACUGUCUUCAGAGUGGAAUAAAAAGCACUCACACUCCCCUGCUUUUGAGAUUCCUUAAUCUAUGGAACGCAUAGACAACCCACUUCACUUUAGUGGGUCCCACCCCGUUGUUGUCUCUGACAAAGUCUAGGCCUUUAGUCCAAUACUUCAGAUUCUUCUGAUGCUUUUUCUCUGUGACCUGUUCUAAGCCUCCAUUUGGGAUCUUUGAUCUUAAAACUUCUCUCCUUGGUGGGCACAGACAGAACUGAUUGCUGCUGCUCUCCUUUGCCCAACUUGAUGUGCCUGAAGAAUGAAUAGUGCCUAGCAGGGAAAAAAAUGUACAGGCUGAGUGACAAAGGCAGAAUCUUAGACAGUAGGAAGCAAACUCUUUGGGGGACUAGCCAAGUCCUGUAGCCUUCUUGCUAGGUUGUCCUCUACAGGUAAGGCUGUCUGAAACUCCACCUUGGAGAGAUAGGAAGGAAAGGAGAACUCAGAUGUUCAUGGGCACUGCUGGGUAGGGUCAGGGCAGAACCACAGAGGCCUUUGCCGGUCUACUUACUUGGGAUGAGCAGAUGCCUCCUUGUCCACAUAUCCUCUCUAGCUGGGACUGGUACUUCUGUCCUUAUGUCAAGACAUGGGGGAGAAGACCAUCCAAGCAAUAAUAAAAUAAUGAUGAUUAUAAUAAGACCAAUAAUAAUAAACAGCUAACAUUUAUUGAGCAGUUCAUGUACACCAGGUACACUAAUAGGUGUCUGACAUUUAAUGCUCACAGCAUCAUAUAAGGAAAAUACUGUUAACCUAUUUCUACAAGGCUUGGAGUGAUAAGUGAUUUAUCAAA